GGGAGCGCACGGCGCCUCAAAAUGUCCUCCAGUGGCACCCUCAGCAACUACUACGUGGACUCGCUCAUAGGCCAUGAGGGCGACGAAGUGUUCGCCGCGCGCUUCGGACCUCCAGGGCCUGGCGCGCAGGGCAGGCCCGCAAGUGUGGCCGACAGCCCGGCCGCCGCCGCCGCCGAGUUUGCCUCGUGUAGUUUCGCCCCCAAAUCGGCCGUGUUCUCCGCCUCGUGGUCCGCGGUGCCCGCCCAGGCCCCAGCGGCGGCGGCGAUGAGCGGCCUCUACCACCCAUACGUGCCCCCGCCGCCCCUGGCGGCCGCCGCCGCCUCCGAGCCCGGCCGCUACAUGCGCUCCUGGAUGGAGCCGCUGUCCGGCUUCCCGGGCGGUGCGGGCGGUGGCGGAGGCGACGGUGGCCCGGGCCCCGGUCCCAGCCCUGGCCCCAGCGGUCCACCCAACGGGCGCCACUACGGGAUUAAGCCUGAAAAUGGAGCGGCACCGGCCGCCGCCACCGCCGCCACCACCACCUCCACCUCCACCUCCUCCUCCACUUCCUCGUCUUCCUCCUCCAAACGGACUGAGUGCUCCGCGGCCCGGGAGUCCCAGGGGAGCGGCGGCCCCGAGUUCUCGUGCAACUCGUUCCUACGGGACAAGGCGGCAGCAGUGGCUGGGGGAACCGGGCCCGGGGCGGGGAUCGGGUCUGGGUCCGGGGCAGGCGGCUCAUCGGAGCCCUCGGCUCGCAGCGACCACCCGAGCCCGGGCUGCCCGCUGAAGGAGGAGGAGAAGCAGCAGCCGCAGCCGCCGCAGCAGCAACUUGACCCAAACAACCCCGCAGCAAACUGGAUCCACGCUCGCUCCACCCGGAAAAAGCGCUGUCCCUACACCAAAUACCAGACGCUUGAGCUGGAGAAGGAAUUCCUCUUCAACAUGUACCUCACCCGGGACCGGCGCUAUGAGGUGGCAAGGAUUCUGAACCUCACAGAGAGACAGGUCAAAAUCUGGUUCCAGAAUCGUAGGAUGAAAAUGAAAAAGAUGAGCAAGGAGAAAUGCCCCAAAGGAGACUGA